AUGCCGGGGCCGAUCCUGCAGGUGAUGCCGGGGCCAUCGCCGGCGCUGAACCAGCCCCGCCUCAGAGCACCGGGGCGGAGGAAGUGGCGGCUCGGCGGCGGAAGGGCCGGGGCCGGUGCGGCGCGGUCCGGGCGGCGGCGGGGAUGGGCCAUGUGGCGGCGGGGCGCGGCCUGGGCCUGGGGCCGGCGGGGCGCGGGCACCGCCGUCCCGGGCCCCUCGGCGGGCGGGCCCCGCGCCGCUGCCGACCAUAAGCAUCUGAUAAAAAACGAUGCUAGAAAGAGAAUUAUCUGUAUCGAGGGCAACAUUGCCAGUGGAAAAACAACAUGCCUGGAUUACUUUGCACAGACUACCAGCAUUGAGGUUUUGAAGGAACCCUUGACCAAGUGGAGGAAUGUUCGAGGUCAUAAUAUCCUGGGCUUAAUGUACCAGGAUGCAUCAAGGUGGGGGAUAACUCUGCAGACCUAUGUGCAGCUGACCAUGCUGGAGCAGCACACCAGGCCCAUGAUUUCCCCCAUAAGGAUGAUGGAGCGGUCGAUUCACAGUGCAAAACACAUUUUUGUGGAAAACCUCUAUCGAAGUGGAAAAAUGCCAGAGGUGGAUUAUGCUGUCCUAAGUGAAUGGUUUGACUGGAUCCAGAACAACACUGAUGUUUCAGUUGAUCUGAUAGUUUAUUUGCAGACAUCUCCCAAAGUUUGUUAUGAGAGGCUAAAGACACGAUGCAGGGAAGAGGAAAAAGUCAUUCCUCUGGAAUAUUUAGAAGCUAUUCAUGAGCUCUAUGAAGAGUGGCUCAUUAAACGUGCACUGUUUGAAGUUUCCUGCCCAGUACUUGUUAUUGGAGCUGACCAUGACAUGCAGAAAAUGAUAGAGAAGUAUGAGGAAAACCGGGACCAAAUACUGAACCCAGCUAACAGACAACACUGUUUAUAGAAGCCUGUGACUGUUGUAUCAGAAAUCAUCUACUGAAGUCUGAGUUGGUAUUUUUAAUAUUUAAAGAUAAUGGUAUUGUUUUUGCACUAUGCUUUGUAGAACUCUGUGGACUUAGAUCUCUGAAAUUAUCAGGUACCAGUCAGGAACAGAAUAUGAAUCAAUUCCCUUUGUGUUUUUAGACAAAACAUCAGCUUUACUGUGUCAGUUCUGUUCAGAUAAAAUAUGGCUUGUUUCCCUCAUUUCCCACUUCACUGCUGCUUCCUAGAAGUGACUUUACUUUCUUUGUUUUUUCCCCCCAAAGUCAGCCCUGUUUUUGUAAUUUAAAAUAAACCGUUUAUUACAACAUCCCUCUGAGGGAGGGUACCUGAGGUUUCUCUUCAUGAUCCCCUGGGGGUGAAUUGGGCUGAAACAACACCAAAUGGCCAGGGUGUGUAUGAAGGAGGUUUGUUUAUGACAGAGCUUUCAGCUUGGCCCUGGUGCCCAGCAAGUUAUCCUGGGUGUGAGCACAGGGCAGGGACAGGAUCACCAACCACAGGGUCACCAGCCAUGGGAUGACCAUGGGAUCACCACGGGAUCAGCCCCUACCAGUCUGAGUUUAGGAGAUCUUCCCUGGCCAGGUGCCCCUCCUGGAGGGUAGGGAAAGGCUGUGGAUGUGUCUCCCUGGAACUCAGCAGAGCCUUUGAGCCCCUCUCCCAUGACAUCUCCUGGAGAGGCUGCAGCCCCAGCUUGGCUGGGAUGGGACCUAGCUGAUGGCUGGGCCCAGCCUGGUGGGAAUGGGAUCCCCUGGGAUCCGUGCUGGGAACAGCCCUGCUCAGCCUUUUCUGAUGGGCUGGAGGAGGGCACUGAGCUGACCCUCAGCUAAGAGGGGCUAUUCCCCUUGGGUAGCAAAGGGAAGGCUCUGCUGAGGGCCCUGGCCAGGCUGGGUGGAUGUGCCAGGGCCACUGCCAUGAGGUCACGGGCAAGCACUGCAGCCACGAUGGCCCCUGCGGCUCCAGGGAAGUCUGGGAUGGGUCACAGCCCUGGGUUACAGGCUGGACCCAGAGACCUCCGAGGUAUUUUCCAGCCUCAGUAAUUCUGUGAUUUUCCAACAACUGAAUUGCAGUGGAGAGGAGGGGUGCAGCUCUUUGGGUUCCUUUCUAUUCAGAUACAAAAUACCACAGAGUAUGGAAGGCAAGGGUAAGAGCAGGUAGUGGAGAGAUCUCACAGCAGCAAGGCUGGAUUGUUGGAAUUUUGAUGUCUAUGGUCAGAUCAAUGUUCAAUCUUGAUCCCUUGUGGUGGUACCCACCAAACCUAAGGUUCAGAGGAUUGCAGACAUUCCAUCUAGCAUGGGAACAGCUGUAUCCCUCCCCAGGGAAAUGAUCCCUCCUGUCAGCUGUAGCUCUGAGGGCCAUGCUCGGGUGGAGCCUCCCUGGCAGCAGUCAGGGGCAUUCUGAGGCCUGGCUGGUCUCAAUGCCCCUCUGGCUCUUGCCCACUCGUGCUCCUGUGCUGUGUGGGCACCAUGGACCUGAGCAGCAAUCUGGCUCCAGGAAAGUGCUGCCCUACCCUCUCUCUGCUCCUUUGUUCCCCUUUCCAGGCACAUCCAGAGUGGCCAUUAGGUGCCUGAGGCACAGCAAGGCAUUGACUCCUUCCUGCCCAGGCUCUACACGCUUCAUACCAGAGGUGAGAUGUUCAUUUUCUUGUCAUUGGAGGCAGCAAACGAAGUGCAUCGAGUUGAAGUAGCUUUGUUAAGCAGAUCUUACCAGUUUGAAAUGGUGUUUUGCUCUAAUCCCACAUUAAUGCAAUUUCAUUGAAUUCAGGAAGUUCUUUCUGCUCUACAGGAUAUCACAAUAUAGCUUAGUUCUGAAGAGAACUGUGCACUGGCAGUCCCACUGAAUUCAGUGCAAAAAAAUUUAAAAACCCCACAGUUUUUGUUAAGUGACUGCAGAAUGGCCCUGAGGGUAUUUUCAGCUAGCUUUUUAUAGAGAGCUUAUUUUAUUUGUGUUCAUGAGAACCCCAGUCCUGCUCUGGCUGAGUUGAGGAACAGUGAAAAUACAGGGUGCAUGGGACUGUGUUUGUUACUCUUUUCAAAUGUUUCUGAAAACAUCCUAGAAUUAAUUGAUUUCUUAACUGGUUGGUUUGCCUUUUUUUUUUUUUUGAAUAAAAAGGAGUAAAAUCACAGGUACUUUUUUGGGUUUAUGUCACAAUCAGUUUAUUAUGACCUGUAAGUACUUGGAGAGUACAGAAAAGCAGUGGGGGUUUCAUUCUUGGACUUGUCAAAGGAGGUGCUGAGUUGCCCUUCUCUGGGUGCUGCCCUCAAGGGAAUCCUUUCACUGCAGCACUCUGACUGCUCUCACACUGAGUCUCUGGGUAAUUUUAGGGGAAUGAUCCCAGAAGUACAGAAUGUAUUUUCCCCUACUGGUUUUGGUUGGUUUAGCUGGAACAAGCCAGGCUUCAUUCAUUAGCACUUUGUACAGACAUUUGUCAGGCACUUUGUGCAGGAUAGAAACAUUCAUUUAUGUGGCUUUUCAACAAUACCUGAUGGUGCUGCUUUUGUAGGGUUGUGGUUUGCCUAAAACCCAUUGCACUGAAAGAACCACACCCAGUCAGGAACUGCAGCUCCUGUCCUGGAAUUCCCAUCUGAUCAGCUGAUUCUUUUCUAAAUGACUGCAGCUUACUAACAAUAAGUGCACAGUGAGAGCAUUUCCUAGUGAAGUACUAAGCUGGUACUAAAGCUUGUGAUUCCAGGAAUGCCAUUCUACUGCUCUGUCAUAACCCUUUAGAAUUCCAGCUUAAAAGUAAGGUUUUGUGUGCCAAGUAAUUCUCUUCUUGCAGCUUCUUUGUAGGGGGAUACCAGCUAUUCUUGAUACCUUCUGUUAAACUUUCAAAACCUUUUCUUCUCCAAGAGUCCAAAAGAACGAUUUCUGUGGAAAUGGUUCUACACGUUUGAAGCUCAGUCAUCUGCAGUUUGUUCUUAAUUCUAAUUUCACUGUGGACAUACAUUUUUGCACAGCACAGAAAAUGUCACUUUAUGGUUUAGUACACUUUAUGGUUUAUGGUUUAGUGCAGAGAUUCUCACAGCCCAAAGCAUGCCACUGUUACUUGUCAGGACACAGCCCUCUGAACUCCCUUUUGUUCCUAACACCUAUUUCUCACAAGCCCACCCAGAGCUGAAGGCAGUCCUGUCCCCUGGUGUUACCUUGGGUGAAUUCUGUUUCUCCUACACUGCUGGAAUCAGGGGAUGACAGAAUUUCAACCAUUAGUUCUUCAAAAAGCAAAUCUUUAUAUUUUAGUUCCUGAGGUUUUUCUAGUCAUAUCCCUGUGUGCUCCUCUGAAUUUUUUUCCAGGAUGAUAGUCAAUUAUAAACAAUUAAUACAAAAUUAGUUUCAGCUAAUAUUUUAAUUGUACAUAAAAGGAAUUUUUCAGGAAUUAGAACUGAGCUCUGUAUUAGCCACUGUGAAGAAAAUUAACUCUGCCCCAGCCCAAACCAGCACACAUUUCAGUGCUACUGAAAAAGCUACUUGAAGCAGUAUUAAAGUGCCUUUCUGGUUAACAAGUAUAUCAUAGAAUCCCAGAAUUUUUAGGGUCGGAAGGGGCCUCUGGAGGUCACCCAGCCCAAGCCCUGCCCAGGCAGGGUGACCUGGAGCAGGUGACACAGGAGCAUGUCCAGGUAGGUUUGGAAUGUCCCAGAGAGGGAGACUCCACAGCCUCCCUGGGCAUCAGCUCCAGGGCUCUGCCCCCUGCAGGAAAACAAGUUCUUCCUCAUGUUGGGAUGAAAUUUUUUGUGGUUUAGUUUAUGGAAAUUGCUCCUUGUCCUGCUGCUGGGCACCACCCUCUAAAGGUAUUUGUAGAAAUAGCACUGGAGACUGUGCCUAAGCAGUGCAGCAGUGUGCUUUCCUAAAUGAAUUUAGAGCUGUGUGUAACACAGGCUCUCCGUGCUGGGAGCCCAGCUUCCAGGUGAUCCAACACUCCUGAGCUUUCCACACAGCACUCCCACCUGCAGGUUAUCCCUGAUCCUGCCCCUGCUGCUCACCAGGAUCCUUCUCUGAGCAGAUUUUUUUCCCUGCUAUUAAAAUGGUGAAGAAUGAGAUUUUUUUCUUUUCGUUUUAGAGAGAUGAACCGGCCUGCAGAAAAAUUCUGUGCAGAAUUAAGUGUCAGGAGCAGGGGCAAGGGAAAUGGCAGCCAUAGCUGGACCUCUCUCUGCUGGUGGCAGUGAACAGUUACAAUGCUCAAGGCUUCUCUUGGAAAUUGUGGUGGCCACAAAAUACUUUGGUAACAAAUGGUUAUAUAUUGGUUAGAUAUAAAAACUAUAGCACAGGUUAAUGCCGCUACAAAACGAAGUGUUCACAGAGCUGUUUCCCUCUUUAAAGCUAAAGGAA